GGUUCAUGUCACGAGGUACACGAAACCCGGAAAACGACAGUAAAGGGCGAAAGCGACAUUUCACUCACAAGUUGGAUUAAAUUUCUGUUUUUGUUCAGCGUUUUCGCGGCUUAAAUAAAUUGUGUGCUGUGCAAAGCUGUAAGUGUUUCCCGAUGCUCAGAGUUUUAAAAAACGUCAGAAACCUGUCGACCGCUGCAAUGACACAAACGGAACUUUCUUUACCGGUUCCAUGGGGAGAAAUCCGAGGUAAAAUUUGGGGUCCUAAUGAUGGCCGUCCCGUGUUGUGCCUGCAUGGAUGGGCUGACAAUUGUGGCAGCUUCAACACUCUUAUUCCACUUCUACCCAAAGCGUUCCAAUAUGUGGCGGUGGACCUGCCAGGUCACGGCCUUUCGUCACAUCGGCCUCCUGGGGUCUUUUACGCCUUUUCUUCUUAUGUGGCUGAUAUUCGCAGAGUUGUUGAUGCUCUCCGCUGGAGAAGAUUCUCCAUCCUGGCCCACAGUAUGGGUGGUAAUAUCGCUGGGAUGUUUAGUGCUCUUUUUCCUGAGAUGGUGGAGGCUGUCGUGUUGCUGGACUCUUACGGAUUCCUACCUACAGAUUCGAAAGAAUUGUCCACAGUGAUGCGGAAAGGGAUGGAAGAUAUGAUUGAGUUUGAAAAGAAUCCUGAAAAGAGUGAGAGAGUUUACACCUAUGAGAAAGCAGUUGAGAGAUUGUUAGCUGCAAACCCGAUGCUGUCUGAGGCGUCUGCCCGCAACCUUUUAGAACGUGGUCUUGUUCAAGUUGAAGGAGGAUUUGUGUUUUCACGUGACUUCCGUAUUAAUCUGAAAAACAUAGCUCGCAUCAGCUUGGAACAGAGUCUGGAGCUGCAGUCGAGGAUACAAGCCUCAAUUCUGGUGGUCCUAGCGGAUCAAGGCUUUGAGAAAAUAUUUGCAGAAGCAGAUCAAAAGAAAUUUACAUCAGCGCUUCUGCAGGGCUUUAGAUGCCAAAAUCACUCUGUGAUGACAGUACAAGGAGGCCAUCACGUCCAUCUGAAUAACCCUGAAGUUGUCGCUCCGAUGGUGUCUGAAUUCCUCCACAACAAAGUCUUGUCAUCUUCUGUCAGAGCAGACGAACUGUCUCCUAAGUUUUGACUUGCACAACCUGAGAAGACUGAAGCUGCUAUAUCACCUGCUGCCUUUGAGCAACCUUUCAAAUCACUGUGGCAGCCCGCCCGACUUUGAAGUCUCCUGACGUUAAUAUUUCAGUGGUUGCAUGAAUAAAUCAAAAGGAAACAAGUAGAAGAAAAGAAGCAGCACCCUUUGUGGCUCAGGGCCUGCAUAUUACUGAGGUGGUCUGGCCGGACCAGUCUGUGGAGGAUUUCUGAUUUGCAUCGCAAGCUUUUUGCAUCCCUAUUACGCUUUCCUCAUCUUACAGCCUUUAAAAAGUGUUGUUAAGGUCCCAUAGCUUUUGGAGUGAGAAUCACACAUUUAGAUUCUUUUGAAAGACAUUUUGAGAACAAUUUUUGUUCAAACGGAUUUGCAAAAACAUUGUAAUAUGGAUGUCAUGCCAGCAAUUGGCGUUAUCACUGUGUAAAGAAACAAAACAUGCAUGACUACCAAGUUAUUUUAAGCGGCCUUUUGAAUACCCUUCAAGAAAAAUGUAGGAGUUUAUAAUUGGAUGUAUGCUUGUGAAACAUCUCUUCUAUUUACAGUAGCAGAGCCAUAAAAAAGGUAUCCAUUGAGUCUUAAAAUUACAGUUUCAAUUCAAAGCCUUAAAAAAGCCUUCUCAAUUCUUUUUAAAAUCCCAUAAAAUAUAGACAAUUUUGAAAUGUUUUGAAAAUGGAUUUACUGUUCAUUCAUUCAUUCAUUUUCUACCGCUUUUUCCUCACGAGGGUCGCGGGGGUGCUGGAGCCUAUCCCAGCUGUCUUCGGGCGAGAGGCGGGGUACACCCUGGACUGGUCGCCAGCCAAUCACAGGGCACAUAUAGACAAACAACCAUUCACACUCACAUUCAUACCUAUAGACAAUUUGGAGUGGCCAAUUCACCUAGCAUGUUUUUGGAAUGUGGGAGGAAACCGGAGUACCCGGAGAAAACCAGAUUUACUGUUAUUUAAAAGAAAUACGUAAACUUUAGUCUUACUUAUUAAUGUUUUUGGAUUUUUGAGGAUGCUGCAACAUACAUAAACAAAUGGAAUUGAAUCACAUACAAUGAAGUUCUACACUUUCCUGUUCUGUAGGUGACUUAAUUGGUUGGUGAGAGUUUUUUUAAUGAUUGCUCUCAGACAGUUACUGUAACUAUUAUAUGUAACAAGGAGAUGUGUUCCUUUGGUUAAAUAAUGUGUUUUCUUAAUGAUCUCCCACAGGACUCCACCGGACCAAAGUCUCCAUCAUAGGUUACAACGUAUAGGUGAGUCCCAUAAUGUACACACCACACUGACAUAUACUGUAAAUAGUCCACCCAACCCAAGUGUUUUUUUUUUUCAUACUUUGCUAAUGUGAUGACAUCCAAUCACUUAUUAAGCCACUGGGAUGUUAUUAGUGCUGCAGUCGAUUAGAAAACAAUGAUUUAAAGUCAUUCUCAUAAUUGUAGCUUUCCGCUUGUUAAUCACACACCAGUGCAAAUUGUUUGGCCUAUUUUUUAUUUUUUUUUUAACUUUGAUAGUUUGUUGCUUAUGUGUUUGGUUCUGGGUGAAAAAUUUUAGCUUUUUCUGCUGGCUGCAAUUCCUAAUUAGCAUUCAUUUUAUGGUGCCGAUUUACUUGAAAAAUAAAUUACGUAUGAAAUGAUAGGAAUUAUUGUUUUACAUCAAGAUAAGAACUUGUAUUUUUAAUAUUUGACAAAAUAUGACUGAUCCAGUUGAGUGAAGGUACUGAUUUUAGGUGUCAGGUUUGUCACAAGAUGGUUCAUGUUUGGCAAUUCAGGUUAAAUGUUAAAUAUUUUAUUCCCCUCACAAUUUUCAUGCACAUAAAAAGAAACAAUUGCUUAAGGAAAAUAUGAUUGCUCAGUUAGCAAUCAGGUCAACAUUUCAUGAAUUCUUUUACUUGUAUGUGAAAAGAAGAAUCCAGGGCUCGACAAUAACGAUGUACCGAUGGCCCGGGGCAAGUUAAAACAAAAUUGGGGCAAGUAAAUCCAAUCAUUAAUAUUCCCGUCGGGCAAGUACACUUUAGCAUGCCAUACUGCCAAUAGUUUUUUUUAAAGCGGUUCUUGUUGGGUGUUGGUAAAACACGGACUGUGUAAUUCCGGUGGUAAUUUGCAAACCAAUCCUUGCAAAUCUUGAAAUGGACCAAUCAGAAUCGUUUAUUUAGACCGCGGUCCGUAAUCCACAAUCCGCGUUUUACCCACACCCGUUUUUAUUCGCGAUCAACCAAUCAGCGAUCGUUUGACUACUAAAACAUCUAUCAUGGCGUCCCUGCCAACAUCGUCUAAUUCUUCAACAACUUCUGAAGGAAAACAGCAAAAAGUGAUGAAACAGUGCCUCCUAAACAAGUAUUUUAUUAGCGGCAGCAAAUCAAAUGAUGGCAAAGGUGAGUGAAUCACAUUGCUGUGACAAUUUGAAGUGGUCACAAUGAAACACCACCCAUUAGAUCCAAUACCAAGUGCUGAUUUUAGCACAAGCUACAAAAUCUAGCGGUUUCAUUUCUCUUGUGUAUUUUUCUCACCUUUGCUUCACAAAUUAUUGUUUGACCAUUGAGCAUUUUUUUCUGGAUUAAAAACACUUUACUAGUACACAAAUGUGUCAAAUGUUUCAUUGUGGUGCACAACUUCUA